CACGCGCCGCAGCCGUGACCCGCCCCGGAGGAGGGUUCUUGCCUUGCUUCGGCCGGCGCGGCUUCGCUCUCUCGUAGACGGCGCUUGAGCCAACGGACGCGGCUUCUCUUUUUUGGCGUCCCUGGGAUGGAAACCGCGGGAGCGCUCAUCUAGCCGCCCUGGAGCCCAGUCGAGGUGAGCGCCCGCGGAAGCAGGGAGGAAGGAGGCGAGCCGUCUUUCGCGUCGUCUUUGGAAGGGAAUGCGAGCGCCACUCCGUGCCAAGGGAAUGCCAGCGCGGCUUGUAACGGCUUCCUUGCCCCCAUCACCUGUGCCGGCGAGAGGAUCUUCUGAUGUCCCCUGUUGACCUGAGCCUUCCUCCUUCCCCAGGAUGCCCCUCUCAUCCAGCAUCACUGAGCGCAGCCCUGACGGGACCAUGGACUCCAUGCCUGAGGAUUUCCAGCAGGUCCUUUCCAUUGACCAGAUCCGAGCCAUCCGUGCCACCAACGACUAUGUGGAGAGGCCUGCCUCCUUCAAGCAAGCUCCCUCCCUCCCUUCUCCAUCCCAGUCGCAGGCAGGCCGCAAGCAGGAGGUGGCUCUGGACCAGCUGAUGUCCUCUGUCUUCCCAGACCUUCAUCCCAGCCACCUGCCCCUCCAGCAGCCCCUGAGUCAUUCCAGCACUGCCAGCUCCAUCUCCCACAGCACCACAGCCUCGGAGCAGCGGCUUCUUGGCGGCAUCACACCCUCGCGCUCGGGGCACUCUCUUGUCCGGGCGCAGCCCUGGGCAGGUGACCUAGAGCCCAAGGAGCUGCUGAAGGGAGCCGGCAAGAAGCCUCCCACCCUCCACGCCGGCCACCUCUUCAUCUGCGAGGAAUGCGGCCACUGCAAGUGUGCCCACUGUGCGGCAGCCCGCAGCUUGCCCUCCUGCUGGCUUUGCAACCAGCGCUGCCUCUGCUCGCCAGAGAACCUCAUUGACUAUGGGACCUGCCUUUGCUGCGUCAAGGGCAUUUUCUACCACUGCUCCUCGGAUGACGAGGACACCUGUGCUGAUGACCCCUGCUCCUGUGGCCCAGGAUCCUGCUGUGCCCGCUGGGUGGCCAUGAGCUUCCUUUCCUUGCUCAUGCCCUGCCUCUGCUGCUACUUUCCUACCUUGGGGUGCCUCAAACUUUGCCAGCGGGGCUACGAUGCCAUGAAGCGGCCCGGCUGUCGCUGCCAGACCCACACCAAUACAGUCUGUAGGAAGAUCUCCAUGUCCAGCGGAGCGACUUUCCCCAAGACUUUGGACAAGCCGGUAUGACUUCCUGCGGGAAGAGGGGGGAGGAAAAAACAACACCGCACCCGGCUGUUCUUUGUCAUCAUUGUCUUCCCCUGCUGAAAUCCGCCAGCUUGGGAGCAAAGCAGCGAUGGGAUGGCCAGCCCGUCGGGGAAGCUCCCUUGGGAUGUCGGAAGCUUGUUCUGUGAUGGAGGAGGUUGCUUGUCCCUGUGUCCAAGAUCAGCUUCUAGGGCUUCGCGUGUUUUCCAGCAAUGGACAAGUGGAAUGGGAAGCAGAGGCAUGCGCGGAAGCAUCAUGGUCAGCGGAGCGUGGAUGGGUGGGGGAGGCUGUGGCAUUGCUGUGGGGGUGGCUCAGGAGUCUGACUUCCAGAAUGCCUUAUGAGUUACUCUUAUGUGGUGGGUUCCAAAAGAAGAAGAGGAGAAACGGGUAUCGCACCCAAGCACUAUGAGAUCCUGGGGAUCAGGCCAGUGUAAAAACCCAGGGUUUCCCCCCCACCCCCAUUCUCUCCUGGUGUCCGUCCUGGUGGCCUGUAUUCCACUCCUUCUGCUAUGCACAAUUUGCAGAUGUGGAGGGGCUUGCAAUCACAAGGUGGGUGGGCUAAAUGCAUGAUGGGCACACGUGGCUGCUCUCAGUGGGAAAGGAUGCAAAACUGUUGAGAGUCUCCCAGAAAUGUUGAGGUGAAACGUCAAUAGGUUGAGGUUUUUUUUUUAAGGUUCACCGAUUUAAGGUAAAGCCUUUGCACAGGAAUUGGAAAACGGGAAUCAUGGUUCAUUGUAGCAAUGAAGAGGGAACGCAGUAAGGGGAUCUUGCUAGCCUGAAAUAAAAGGGCUUUCCUCCUAAGCUUAUCCGGUACCAGAUGGUGCUGCUGUGAGUCUAAGGCUAGAGGUGACUCCUUUGACUGAUCAUAUUUGCAAGUCAGUUCUGAUGUCUAACCUGCAGAAAUCUGUAGCUAAAGUGUCCUUUAUCUCAUCCUCAGGAGUGAAGGCUUCCUUUUUAGCAUGCUACGUUUUGGGGAGUGGGGGUAACAGAAUCAUGGCCUGCAUUAGAAAUCCAUUGGAACAUAAGAAGAGCCUGCUGGAUCAGGCCAGUGGCCCAUCUAGUACAACAUUCUCUUCUCACAGUGGCCAACCAGAUGCCCAUGGGAGCCCGGCAAGCAGGACCUGAGUGCAAGAGCACUCUCCCCUCCCGCGGUUUCCAGCAACUGGUAUUCAGAGUCUGGGACUUGAUGGUCUUAUGCACACACACCCUUUAGAUGCCAAUAUGUAUUACUUCACUGACUUUAGUCUUGCAUAUUAUUUUACUUCAAGAUGUGGUAAGCCAGUCCUGCUGCGUCUGGGCACCCUCAGUUCAUUCUAGUUAGUGGGGACCUGGACUUGUCCUACAUAGCCAUCAGGAUUAGUAGCCAUUGAUAGUCCAGUCUUGCAGGGCAACCGUUUUUAAAACUUAGCAGCCAUGAUGCAGUUUCUCUUUAGAACAGGGAGUGGUCCAAAAAAUGCCCAAGGGGAAGAAUGAUAGCUUUCUGUGCAUCAAGCAUUGGUGGCUGGUGGCUCCAUGUCAGUGUCAGCACCUUGGACAGCUCCAUGAAACUAAAACCCACUGAUUUCACUGCUUCACUGACACGAGGCCCGUGGUGACUAGUGGCUCCAAGUCUUUCGUUUUCAGCUAGUGAUAGCUUCCAGUUUGGGUGGAGGAUGGGAUAUGAGCAGUGUUAUGGGUUGAGUUUGCUGUUGACUCCCCCCUGCCUAGCCAAAGCACUUUGGUCCCACUUGAUCAGAGAAGGGUGAUAUAGGCAUAACUCUUCCAGAAACCUUUGUACCAUGAAGACUGACCCCCAUAUAGCAUCUGGGAACUUGGGGAAGGGCUGUAGCCAACUAGCAGAGCACAUACAUUGCAUGCAGAAGGUCCCAGGUUCAAUUCCUCGCACUUCCAGGGAGGGCUGGGAAAGGCUCCUGUCUGAAUCUCUGGGGAGCUGCUACCUGUCAGUGUAGACCAGGUGCGGGGAAGCUUUGGUCCACCAGAUGUUGUUGGACUCAAACUCCCACCAUCCCAAGGCCAUUGACCAUCUUUGCCGGGGCUGCUGGGAGUUGUAGUUCAGCAACAUCUGGAGGGCCAAAGCUUCCCCAUACCUGAAGUAGACAGUACUGAGCUGGCUGGACUGGUGUUCUGACUUGCUAUAAAGUAAUUUCCCCUGUCCCUAACUGCAUUUCCUUAACACUGGGAGAAGAGAUGGUAGAUGUGAUCAUCAUCUAUACCUUUUCAGGCAGUGGGCAAGUCAGGGUCUCCAGGAACUUAAAUGUCCACCCCGCCCUGAUCCCUUAUCUCAGGGGUGGGAUUCCUACGGGCCUCCAGAUGUUGCUUGAUUACAGCUUCCAUCAUCCAUGGCCAUUGACCAUGCUGAUGGGGGCUGAUGGAACUUGGAGUCCAACAACAGCUGGAAGGCCGGUGCCUCUCCGCCCCUACUUGUGGAACUUGUGGCGGUGACACAAUGUGUGGCUCAGAUGUUUUGGCUCAGAUCUUUGCCCCUAAAUUUGCAUGGCGACCAACCUUAUUUUCACACUAGUUUUGGAAAUGUUGACCUAGGCCAGAGAUGGGGAACUUUUUUCAGUCGGAAGGCUGCAUUCCCCUGUGGACAACUUUCCAGGAGCCACAUGCCAAUGGUGGAUGGAGCUAGAUGCAAAAGUGAGCUGAGCAUGUGGAUGUGACUAUUACCUUUGUACAGUAGGUUACAUUCCAGCCAUGCAAAGGCCAGAGGUUUGUACACACAACGCAUACACCUUUCAGGCAAGCAAGAGGCAUUAUCACAGUUGAAGGACACAGUCCAGCCAGGCAAAAGCUCUAAAAGAGGGCGUGGCCUGUGGGAGAGUUCCGAGGGCCAAAUAGGCCUGGAGAGUUGCAUUUGACCCCCAUGUAUGUAGUUCCUCAACCUUGACCUAGGGACUGAAAAGGAGAUGAAAACCGCUCACCCAUUGCCAUCCCAGGUGAGCCAUGAACAGGAGAGGCCCAAGCCAGGCCUGCUGAACCUGUGCUCUGCUGCUGAGAUUGCAAGCCUGUGAUCUAUCAGGUGGGGUUCUGCAAUCCCAGGUAGGCAGCAAAAAUAGCAUGGGGAUUGACUUGCUUGUUUGAUCACACAUUGUCCAGGCAUGCUUUGGACCCAUUAAAAGAAAUGGUUGUAGGCUGGGGAUGGUGCUGCUUCCUCCUGAGGGUCUUGCAGAUUUUGCAGCCCAUACAUGCUGCCCACAGAAAACAGCCCACCACUUUCUUCCCAUUGUUUUAGAAGUUGCUUUGAUUCUAUGUUUGUGUGUGCAAUUUAUACAUACAUGGAUGCAUUAUGAUGGCUUGGGAAUACUGCAAAUAAUACCUUGCGAUAACUUGCUCUGAACAGUGCCAUAUACAAGAUCUGGCUUCCUGGGACAUUUUUGCAAAUGCCAAAGGAUUGUCUGCUCUGUGCAUUGUGCCAGUUUCAGGCUGCUUAGUUUAUUGGAGUUCUUCCAGGCUUCCUUCCUUCUUGCACUGUCUCAAGUGGAAUGUGAGAUGUGUCAGAGGCUGUUUUUCUUCCAACUCUCAAUUUCCCUGUCUGCACAUGGCUUGGGGUUAUUUCAAAGGUGGUCUCCUUUUGGGGAUUUGAAAGCAGUAACAACAUCCCUUAUUUUCCCCCCGUAAACUUUUUUCUUACCUCCCCCCCCAAAUAAUCUUUGGGGGAAAAAGGAACUUCUUUUGGGGAGUGUGGUGAGAAUGGGGCAUAGUUUCUGCUGAGGUCAGAAGAGUGGGGCUCAUAAGAAUUAUGCCUGAUGCAGCCAAGUAUGAAGAUUCAUUCAUACUUGGCAGCAGAGUCCUUAUCAGAGAUCUAUGUGCUCUCGUGCUUCAUAGGUGCAGUUAUUAGGGAAGUUAGAAGGCAUCGCUUUCCACUCCUCCCUGUAUCUGUGGCAUGCAGUGCUGUUACACGCCUUGUUGUCUGCCGUGACAAAAUUACAUAACUUACAUAAUUAAUUAAUUAUGUAAACUAUGUAAUUACAUUGACAUGAUGUUAUUCCGCUCCAUUCAUUUCAGUAAAGAAAUGCAAUGCAAAUCGGGGGGGGGGGGAAUGUAAUCAAUUGCAUACUGUUUGCUGACUGAGAGCAGCAACAACAGCAAAUACCAAUAGUAUUUGCUGGAUUGAUUUCCAUUGAGGACAUGGGAUGAAUGAGCAAACAUUGGCAAUUUCCAAUCCCAGUUCCUCUAAAUUCUCUGAUGCCCCUAACAGCUAUACAACAGGAGCCAUGUGGGAGAGUGUAACGGCCUCAUAUCUGGUCUGUUUUCCAAAAUCCCACUGGGUUGCAUAAUGAAAAAAGAAUAUUUCGGGUCUCUGAGCCCAACUCCCUGCAGUAAUGCUGUCUGCACUCUCUGUCCUCCACUCCUGUCAUUACAAUAAGUUUUUAUCCUCUGUUUGAAGGCAACAGUCUGGAUGGCUUUAGCUUCUGGCAGACUGAUUCCUGCCUCUAGAACACCCCUUCCAUUUGAACUCCAUAAGGAUCUCACUACCAUGGGCUUCAAAGCAUUACCCUCUGUUGGAUACAAAAGGCAUUCUGUAUAGUGUGUCCUCUAAAACUGCGUUCUCCUCCCUGAACCUUAUAUAAAGUGUAAUACCUGCUCAUAAUAUACCUUCUUGUGUAUAUAUUUUUUACCACCCUCUUACCAUUUUUUAAAACAAAUAUUUAUUUGGAAGAUUUAUUUUAAAGUUAUUAAAAUGCAUCCUAGCAUAUUUAUUAUAACCCUCUUGGUUGUGUGUUCUGUCUUUCUCUCGCAAAUCUCAUUAAACAGUUACUGAAAC